GCCGCUCUCAUGCCCUAUCCUCCCGCGCUGUACACUCCCACGCUGCCCUUCGGCAAGGCUGGUGCUGUACGUGUUCAUGUCCUUCUUCCUUGGCAGCGUAUACUACCGGCUGGAAAACACGCAGGAGGACAUCCUCAACUGGGCGAACCUAAUCAUCUGGAUCAACGCCUUCAACUCGUACAUGGACUUGGCGGCCAUUCCCGUCUUCGCGCUUGAGAAGGAAGCGGUCGUGAAAGAAGUGCAGCACGGGCAGUACGCGGUGGCGAGCUUCUGCAUCGCCAACGCGGUCGUCCAGGCACCCUUCGUGCUCCUGAUCGCAUUCUGCUGCAGCACGCCCGUUUACUGGAUCACUGACAUGAACGACGACCCCGUGAGGUAUCUCCAGUUCGUCAUGGUGAUGUUUCUCUUGCUGUUCGUCGUCGAAAGCCUGGCCCAGCUUGUUGGAGUCCUUGUUAAGAGCUUCAUCCUCGGGAUCGCCAUCUUCGCCAGCUUUCUCUCGAUUUUCUACAUGUUCAACGGGUUCUUCGUCGACCCCAACAACACACCCGACGGUUGGCUGUGGCUGUACUGGAUAUCUCCUCUCCGGUACUCGUGGGAGGCUAUGGUGAAGAUCGUCUUCGACGGCCAGACCUACGGAGGGUUUGAUUCGUGCGUCACUUGCUACGGAAGGACCGGAGAGCAGGUGCUAGACUCGCUCAGCCACGGUGGGACAAACUUCAAUGACGUGAGCGUUGUGGCGUGGUGCUGCGCGUUGGCGGGGUUCUCCCUUGUGUGGAGGGUCGUCCACUACGUCGCCCUCAAGUGUUCCAUUUUUUGA